UUCCAAAAUGGCGACGGUUCCCGUCAGAGGGAAGUGAAACUUUCCUGUUUUUCUUUGCAUUAUCUGGAUCGCCUAAGCCGUUUCUUCGACGUUUCUCGUCUCUUUACCGAGAACAAUUCCAGCGGAACAGGUAUGAGGGCGGUCAGUGCUUGAAACGAGCUGCUCGGUUCCGCGCUCCGUGUGUCUGCUCACCAUAUAUCGCCGGGCUUCCUUCGAAGAAGUUCCCGUUGAUGACUGAGCUCGCAGCGGCUGUUGUCUACAGCUCGUUCGGCGCUUAAGCUUCAGACAUCCUGGCCAAUCAGAUGGAGAAGCUCCAGGACCUGAGCCAAUCAGAGCUGCAGGAGCUCCUGGAUAACGCGGAGAGGGUGGAGUCUAUGGCUUUGGAGUCUGACGAGAUUCAGAACAUUCAGCUGGAAAGAGAGAUGGCGCUGGCAUCAAAUCGCAGCCUGGCAGAGCAGAACCUGGACAUGAAACCUCGUCUGGAGUCACAAAAGGAGGCGCUGGUGGCAAGAUAUUCUCAGCUGGAGGCCGUCAGAGAAACCUACAGACAGCACUGCUCCCUCAGAGAUGGGAUGAUGGGUCAGGUCUCUCCAGAGGCAUUAUUCCCAAGACUACAGACUGAGAGUGAGAAAACGGAUUCUGAGUCGGAGGCUCUGGCUGAUGAGUUUCUGGAUGGCUCUUUGCCGUUAGACUCCUUCCUCGAGCGUUUCCUACUCCUGCGCUCACUUGCUCACAAAAGACGUGUGCAGAUGGAAAAACUCCAAGAAAUUUUUCGGCAGAGGAAUGAAUGCAAUCCCACCACGAUGACAUCAUCAGCAGGCACCAACCUGAACCCUGUCGUCACACCGCCACCAUGGAACCAACAAACGACAACGGCAACAACGACAAAUCAACAACAACCGAACUCCAAACCACAGCCAGCCCCCACACCUGCAGGGGGGUCCACUGGGCUGCCCUAUAGCCAGUACCCUGUUUCUCCUCCCAAUCCCCCUUCUGCAGUGGCAGCAGUGGGCUCCGUCCCAGUGCCAAACAAUCCCCCAUCACAGUUCACCCCUUACCCAAGUUCUGGCUCAUCUUUCACUCCAUCAUCAAGCUAUUCUGGGCCUAGGCCUGCUUUCCUGCCUCCUGCUGCAGUCACAUGCCCGUACCCAGCCCAGCCCUCCUUCCCUACCCCCCACCCUGGCUCUGCAUUUGGCCAGUACACCCCAAGCAAUCCCAACAGUGGUGCUGCACCAUAUCCAGCUUCUUACUCUUAUGGGGGGUACAGCUACCCAGCUGGGCCACCCUAUUCCAGUUCCCAGUCACCAUCAGGGAGGCCCAUCUACAGACCAGGAUAUGGAGUGUCUCAGCCGUACUCCUGAAGGCGCUGCUGCUGCUCCACUUCACCAAUUCUUCCUUUCUUUUCUGUCUCACAGUCCCCCAUGCCCCCCUCCCCCUUCCAUUGUUCCUUCAGCUUCUAACCUGCUUCCUCCUUUCACUCAUGUUCUUACUCCAUAGAUCUCGUGCUUUACUUAACUUUGUUGCACUAUUUGAUUAUAUGAGUGUCAAUCAGCUCUCCCACACUAGUCUCAGGUUGUUGCAUUACAUUUAAGUGUGAAAAUGUGUGUUCUGUGGUUCUUCAUUCUCUCCCCUGCAAGCUCUACCCUUCUGUGUGUUACAUGACACAAGUGAGGCGUUGUAACACUACAAACGGUGUGAAACACCUGUCGUCACGUUGUUCUUCAUGACGGAACACCUUUGUUGUGAACAUAGAAACAAUGAAAACUGUAAAGUAGAUAGCACAAAGAUGGCUUCUGUGUAGUUAAAGGAGGCGGCCUGAGCCCUAGCUGCCUGUUAGUUGGUAGAUGAAUGCCUUGUGGACGGAGGAACUUACAGGAACUUCACGAAUCAUGAACACUUUUGAU